AUGUCUUCAUCUUCAAUACACACCCUCAAAACAUGGCGCUACGCGCCGUCCACCGACAGCUUCGAGCUGAAGGCCGUCGACCGCGCCCUGGGGCCCAGAGAAGUCCUCGUCAAAACCACGCACUCCGGUCUCUGCUACACCGACGUGCACGCCAAGACGAAGGGGUGUGGGCUGGGGCAUGAGGGCGUCGGCCACAUCGUCGCCAUCGGGUCAGAAGUCACAGCUCACAGGGUGCGCACGAGGGUUGGCUGGGGAUGGCUGCACCAUUCAUGCGGCAACUGCCGUACCUGUGUCACUGGAUACCACCAGUACUGCGCCCAGGCCCGGGGCUUCGCAUACGGCGAGCUGGACCAGGGCGCGUUCGGCGACUACGCCAUCUGGGACGAGACCUUCGUCUACGCCAUCCCGGACAACAUCCCCUCGGCGGCAGCCGGGCCGCUGAUGUGCGCCGGCGCGUCGGUCUACGAGGCCCUCGUCGUCGCCGGCACGAAGCCGUCCGACCACGUCGGCGUGGUCGGCAUCGGCGGUCUGGGCCACCUGGCGGUGCUCUUCGCUAAGGCAAUGGGGUGCGGCGUCACGGCGCUCAGCAGCCACGAAGGUAAGAAGAUGGACGCGUCCAGGCUGGGCGCCGACGUGUUCCGCAAUGCGUCUUCGCCGGACCAGUCCUGGGAGACCCCCAGCAUGAGUGUCCCGGGCUGCAGAGAGGCUGGGAUCAACACCUUGCUCAUCUGCACCAACGAGGUGCCUCCCCUCGAGCCACUACUACCACUGCUAGCCCCCCAAGCGACGAUUAUCCCCAUGACUAUACAGACGACGCCGAUAAGCAUUCCUUUCUUACCUUUCAUCCUCCCAGGCCACAGAAUCGUAGCAUCAACGGAGGCGUCGAAACAGAACCACAUUGAUAUGCUGCAGUUCGCCUCCAGGCAUAGAAUCAUGCCCGCGAUCGAAGAGUUUCCUAUGAAUAACGUGGGUCUAAGGGAGGCGUUCCGGAAGCUGGAGGCGGGCAAUAUGCGGUAUAGGGGCGUACUGGUGCAAAAAGGAAGUAGUAAAACUUGA